AUGAGUUCGAAUGCGAUAGCUUUCUCUCUAGAUGAUGACGAAGAAUGGGAACAAAAUCAGACAGAUUAUGACGUCACUUAUGAAUUGGAGAGACACUCGAAUGACCAGAAAGUUCUUCAUAUUUUUAACCAAAUCAAAUGUGAUGGAUAUGGUGAAAGAUUUGGAACGGUAUAUGAUGCUAAGUCUUUGCAGAAAACUUUCGAAGCAAAAGGUUUUCGUGUAUUUGUUCAUAACGACAAAACUCUGAUAGAAAUUAAAGAUAUACUCGACAAAUUUUCAGACCAAAGGACUGCAAAUUUCACAGAUUACGGCUGUAUAGCGGUAGCCGUGCUUACUCAUGGAUGGUAUAACGGAGAAUUGAGAGCCAAGGAUACGAAUUAUAAUGAACAAAUGAUCAUUGACUACCUGAAAACGAGCACCAACAGGACCUUCAUCGAUAAGCCUAGAAUUGUAAUUAUUCAGGCUUGCAGAGGUGAAAAUGACAGCUGUGGUGUUGGGGUGCAUCAAUCUACAGGUACACUAGAGCAGUCAAAUCUUGAUCAUGAUUGUCAGUGUCAUUAUACAUUGAAUUUGGAACCGGAUAUGUUGGUUUUACAUAGUUCUUAUAUCGGAAAAUCUUCUUUCAGGCCGGGUACGGGUUCCUGGUUUAUUCAAACCCUUUGUAAAGAGAUAGACAAAAGCGCGUCUACCACUGACUUGAAAUCUAUUAUAACUACUGUAAAAUGCAAGGUUGCCAUAGACAAGACUCAUGAAGAUACGAUAGACAGGAAGCGGGCAGGCAAGACUGGCAAUGUCUGGCUGGAGAGAGUGACAAUAUAUAAUAAACAGAUGCCUAUGUCGUCAUCUACAUUAACAAAGACACUCUUCCUGCGAAAGUAUCAAGGAGAGCAGUCUGUAAACGAAGUGUCGCCUAUUGACAAGGCAUGUGACUCUAUUUUGCUGUGUUUUUACAACGUGGUGGAAUUCAUCAGGACUUGCUGCUAUCUGAGGAGAAGACAGAGACAUUUCGAUUCAGAACCCAACAUUGCGCUCCUGAAUAGAGCCCGCAAGAAUUGA